GGGACUCAAGAGUUGCAGAGUCACGUUGAGGCAUUAACCCCCCCACCACCACACACACACACGCACGCACGCACGCACACACACACACACACACACACACACACACACACACACACACACACACACACACACACACACACACACACACACACACACACACACACACACACACACACACACACACACACACACACACACACACACACACACACACACACACACACACACACACACACACACACACCACCUUCUCACAGCUCAGCGGCAGCAGCAGCAGCGACGUCUCGGCUUUUUAUCCUCCCGACCUUCCCUCACCGGGCACGGGACGCUGCGACCGGGCGACCGGGGGAAGACCUCCCCGACGAGACCCCCGUGUGACUUUCUGUUUACCGGCUGCCGUUAAAGGAUAAGCAUCGCAAAAAGAAGUCGGGACAAAUCCGAUUGUGCAGUUACACACAGUUGCCGACCACUUCCUCUUUUUUUUCUUCUCCUCCCUGCCGCCCUCCCCUCCCCCCACCAUUAGACAACAAAUGGCAGAAACGUCCAAAAUGAAUCACUUUCAAAGCCCGAGAAACCUGUGAGAUCUGAACCGCGGUCCGAUCCCCGGAUUCACAAGCCGACCCAGCGUCAUGUCGGACGAGGGGGUAGCAGCGCGCGGUUCGCCAUCGGUCUGCCGGUUCGUUUCCCAGCUGGAGUCGUGCAGAGAAACGGGCGAGCGGAACGUGUCUUACGUGGCAACCGGAUUCAGGGUCACCAGUCACGGAUCGUACCAUUGUGCCGUUCACAUCCCCAAUUUCUUGGGCAACGUCUCUUUGCUGAAAAGACUUUUUUGUGUUUAAAUUUGAGGCAAAAAUGAAGGAAGUGAGCCUUUACAAAGACAAAGGAAUUCCAUCUGUUUGUCAACCCUAAACCCCCGAUGGGAUAAGAACAGUUGAAAACCCUCAACUGUACAAAAACAGCUAAAUACUACAUAAAAAAAACAAGAAAAAAAAGUACUCCUCUCCCAGAAUGCAUUGCUCGAGGAAGAAACGUCCCAAGCGCCACUCUGAUUUCUCGGCCAUCGUGGUGCCCUCGAUGCACGGCUCCGGGUACCUGGACUACGCGGUGGAGACGCACGCCUCCAGAGCCCUGGAGGUCAUGGAGGAGUUCAGGCGGCAGGAGAUGCUGUGCGACCUGGUGCUACAUGUCACGCACAAGGACCGCACGGUGGACUUCAAGGUGCACCGGGUGGUGCUGGCCUCCUGCAGCCCCUACUUCAGAGCCAUGUUCACCACCAGCUUCAAAGAGUGCAGCGCCUCGGAGGUCACCCUGCGCGACGUCUGCCCCCAGGUGGUGGGCCGACUCAUCGACUUCGCCUACACCUCCCACAUCACGGUGGGAGAGAACUGCGUGCUGCACGUCCUCCUGGCCGCCAUGAGGUAUCAGAUGGCGGACGUGGCCAAGGCGUGCUGCGACUUCCUCACCAAGCACCUGGAGCCCGCGAACGUCAUCGGCAUCGCCCGCUUCGCCGAGGAGAUCGGCUGCACGGAGCUGCACGAGCGGAGUCGAGAGUACAUCAACACGCAUUUCAACGAGGUGAUCAAAGAAGACGAGUUCUUCAGCCUGACUCACUGCCAGCUGCUGGAGCUCAUCAGCCAGGACAGCCUCAAGGUGCUGUGUGAGUCGGAGGUGUAUAAGGCCUGUACGGACUGGGUCCGCUGGGACAUGGAGGGCCGGGCCCAGUACCUGCACGCCCUCCUGAACGCGGUUCACAUCUACGCGCUGCCUCCCAAGUUCCUGAAGAACCAGCUGCUGUCCUGCCCCAUCCUCAGCAAGGCCAAUUCCUGUAAGGACUUCCUGUCUAAAAUCUUCCAGGACAUGACGCUGAGGAAGCUGCCUCCUGCACCCAACCGUGGAACACAGCUCAUCUACGUGGCCGGCGGGUACCAGCAGUACUCGCUGGACUCCAUGGAGGCGUUCGACCCCCGGAGGGACGCGUGGCUGAAGCUGGCCGACAUGGGGUCAGCGUGCAGUGGGCUGGGGGCCUGCGCGCUGUUCGGACUCCUCUACACCGUGGGCGGCCGGAACAUGUCGCGGCAGAACGUCACGGAGUCCGGCGCCCUGUGCUGCUACAACCCGAUGACCAACCAGUGGAGCCAGCGGGCCUCCCUGGGCCUCCCCAGGAACCGGGUCGGGGUGGGCGUGGUGGACGGCUGCAUCUACGCCGUCGGAGGCUCGCAGGGCUCCGCCCACCACAACACGGUGGAGAGGUGGGAUCCGGAGUCCAACCGCUGGUCCUUCGUGGGCCCGAUGUCGGUGGCUCGUCUGGGCGCCGGCGUGGCGGCGUGCGGCGGCGCCCUGUACGUGGUGGGCGGGUACGACGGGCAGAACCGCUGGAACACCGCUGAGAAGUACCAGCCGGACACCAACACCUGGACGCAGCUGGCGCCCAUGAGCACGAUACGCAGUGGACUGGGUCUGGUGUGUGUGAACUCUCACCUGUACGCCAUCGGAGGCUACGAUGGGCGGAGCCAGCUGUGCUCUGUGGAGCGCUACAGCAUCGCCAGGAACCAAUGGGAAGCCAGGACCUCCAUGCAGUACUGCCGCAGUGCACACGGGGUCGCGGCCCACCAGGGGCGCAUCUUCGUCUUCGGAGGCUUCAACCAGCACGGCUUCCUGUCCAGCGUGGAGUGCUACUGCCCCGAGAGGAACGAGUGGACGCGCGUCACCGACAUGCCGGUGGGGCGCAGCGGCAUGGGCGUGGCCGUAACCAUGGAGCCCUGCCCCGGCAGCCUGGCGGAGCAGGAGGAGGACGAGGAGGGGGGGGUCACAUGAGGAGGAGGAGGAGGAGGACGAAGAUCGGUUGUUUUCAAGUAUGCCCUUGAGCAAGGCACGUCCAGCUGAUGCGGUGGAGCUGAUGGGUGACGAGCUGCAGCAGACAGACGCGGUGGUGAUGAAACAUGGAGGCGUUGCAUAAGUUCCAGAAGCAGCUGGACGACCAGUCAUGUGACGUCGGUCCAGUUUAGACUAUCGAUCCCGGAUCAUUUACUCAAAUGAUAAAGUGCCAUUUGAAUAUCGGACCUUUAUGGCAAAUGUGCACGUGCAAAAAACUCACAUCCAUAUUAGGAGUCUUUUUUCUUCUUCUUUUUUGCCUGAAUGAAGGUUAAAACAUCCUGCAUUCACAACAUCCGAGAGGCAACAAUAAACAACAAUAAACAACAAUAAAAGUACGUUGUGUGUGACAUUAAAAUAAAAACAUGGCGGGGUCAUAUUUAGUGGAACAGAAGCAAACCGCUUCUCUAAAGUGAGUUCACGCUUUCAUAUAUUCACUCCAUCAUCAUCACG